AUGAAAAAGUGGUUCCAGAAUCAUCCGGAGCUCAAAAUAUUGGUUCGAGAGUACACCAGCCAAAGUACGAUUCACGGAGUACGUUAUCUUGGAUUGCUAAGUUCCGUUUUGGAGCGAAUAUGGUGGACCAUCGUUGUUGGAUUGGCAUUUUGCUGCUGUGCGGUACUUCUGCGUGACGUCUACGAAAAGUGGCGUCGUAGUCCUGUUAUUAUGGCGUUUAGUGAAAUACCGAUGCCAAUCUGGGAGAUACCCUUUCCAGCGAUCACUAUUUGUCCGGAAGCGAAAAUCAGGGCAGAUCUUUUCAACUUUACUGAAGCUUUCGAUCAUUUUGCUAGGCUUUCAGUGGAUCAAACGAAGGAAUUGGAACGUGACAAAGAUCUUCUGGGCAUCCUUCAUAUUUGUGAUGAGCUUUUCCACAUUAUGCCAGAACUACGUGAAAAGUACGAACAACUGAAUAAAUCCAUAGAUUUUAUGGAAACCAUGGAGCGUUUGCUACUCCAAAAGAAUACAUCUUUACUCUCCUGUGAAAUGAAUAAAGAUGACUGUUAUGAUAGCUUUAGCAAGUCAAUAACGGAUCAAGGAAUUUGCUAUACAUACAACGGAUUAUCACAAAAAGACAUGUUCAAAGACAAAGUUUUGCAUGACGAAUAUCAGUAUCUCACAGAGACGAAACGAAUCAGAAAUUGGAGCUUGCAGAACGGAUACAUUUCAGCUUCAUCGUCAGACGUUUAUCCUAUCAGACCGGAUACAGCUGGCUAUGGAUCUGGUCUAAAAAUUCGAUUGACAGUAUUGACCUCAGAUCUUGAUCACAUUUGUCGUGAAAAACAAGGUUUUAGAGUUAUUUUGCACCCGCCAUACGAUUUUCCUCGGACGUCAAACAAUUUUGUUUACAUCAGCGUCAAUGAAAACGUUGUCAUUGGUAUACAGCCGCAAGUUGUGUACACUGAAUCAGCUCUGGAAACAUACACCCUGGACCAAAAGUUUUGCUACCUCGACAGUGAACGAGACCUGAUGUUCUUCCGUAACUAUUCGCAAAGUAACUGUGAGCUGGAAUGUCUCACAAAUUUCACUUUGAAGUUGUGUGGAUGCGUGCAUUUUUCGAUGCCAAGACAAUCUGGAACACGAGUUUGUCAACUGGUCGAUCUUUUGUGUGUUCUGAGAGCAGAAAAAUUAAUCCAGGAAGAGUCACUCAACCGUCUUUCUAAUCAACUGGAUGGGAUUGAAACUCCAUGUGACUGUCUCCCAGGUUGCAUUUCGGCACUAAGCGAUUCGGAAGUCACGAGAACCUCGUUGAAAUUUCAUGAGUCGUUGAUAGUACGUUACAAACCAUUUAAUCCUGCCGUAGAACAUUUUGAUUUAUUGCAGUUUGCCUAUAUCGGAAUCUACUUUAAGGAAGAUCAGUGCAUAAUUACAAUGAGGAAUGAAAUGUUCUCUUGGAUGGAUGCAAUAACCAGCUGUGGAGGAAUAUUGAGCCUCUGUAUGGGAGCAAAUCGUUCCUGA